AUGUCGGGAAGACGCUGGGCCGGAUUGUGGUCGACGCAGCCACGGGCGCGAUGCAGCAGCCAGCUGGCCGUGUUCAGCGAUCUGCAACAGAUGAUCUUCGCGCCCGGCCACGCCCUCGCGGGCCUCGCAGGCGUCAUCCUCGGCUCCGCGAGCACUUUCGAGGCCGAAUGCGAGACGGGCAGCAACCCCUUUUUCAUCCCGGGGGUUGUCCUGGCCAUCACCAGCGCUGCCCUGCAGGGCGCCACCAACUUCCUCGCGCCGCACGACCCCAUCGCCAACAAGGUCGUCAGUGACAGCACUUGGGGCCUCCUCGCUAUCCGGAUCGCCGGCAAGGUCUUCUUCGCCGUCAAGGGCCCCAGCGAGCCCGUCGCCCCCGCCAAUGUCGGCAAGCUGGUGAUGAGCAACGCCCGCGGCGUGAGCGCCAUGAUUGACGCGGUGCUAAUCCUCCCGGAUAUCGCCAUCACCGUGGCAUCGUGGAUCUCGCGGGCCGCCUACGCCAUGGCGCUGAACGACCCCGAGCCGGAUUCGAAGAAGAUCGCAGUGGGGUUGACGGGGCUGGCCAUCUGGGUCGCUGCUGGGUUCCAGUUCGGGGAGGCGGAGUGGUGUUGA